AUGGAAGCAAAUCUAGAGAACCUUAGUCUAGGCGAGGAGGAGGUUUUAAAUUUCGAGUUGGAGGAGAAUGAAACUGAACAAGAUGAUGUUAGCUUAUGCUUAGUAGGUCGGUUUGUCCAUGACCGCCCUAUUAAGUUCAACGUCAUGAAGGUGCGAUUGGCUGAGGUAUGGAGGCCGGUGAAGGGUAUGUCAGUAAAGCAAUCUUCACAUGGUCUGUAUUUGUUCAAAUUCUUUCAUCCAUUGGAUAUUGAAGCGGUAAUCAAGGGUGGGCCUUGGACUUUUGACAACUUCACACUGAUUGUUGAAAGGCUGAAGGUGGGAGUUUCACUAUAUGAUAUUCCGCUAUUUCAUGUCAACUUUUGGGUGCAAAUUCAUAACGUUCCAGUAGGAAUGAUGAUUGAGAAGGUAGGGAAAGGGUUGGCAAACUAUAUUGGAGAAUUUUUGGAGUAUGAUAAAAAUAAUAAUACGAGCUUAUGGAGACAGUAUAUGAGGGUGAAGGUUCGGGUAGAUGUUAGAAAACCAUUAAAAAUCGAGAAGAAGAUUGAUGUGAAUGGUGGUGAGGGAGGUGUUGUAAAAUUUAAAUAUGAAAAACUCGGACUCUUUUGCUUUGUGUGUGGUAUCCUUGGCCACUCAGAAGAUAAGUGUGAUGUUAGAUAUGCCAUGGAGAGGGACGAUGGGAGGCGAAGUUGGUCUAGCGAAAUUAGAGCAGAUGUCCGCCGUCCUGGUGGUCGUAUGGACUCGCGAUGGUUGCAUGAGGAAGGGAGAGGUAGGGCUGAUACGUUUACUGGAAGCCAGUCAAGGGGAAGUGCACCGAAUUCUUCGCAUUCUUCCCAGUCCCAUUCAGAACGCCCAAGUGCACAUGCUACAGAAAGGGAAAGUGAACCAGUGGUUAACUCUGUGGUGCUUCAUGACAACAAUAACAUAAUAUCUACCCCGUCAAUGGUAGCUAACAGACGAAAUUCAGUUGGUCCCAAUGAACCGGGUGUUACUAGGACUGUGGAUACACCGCGUUUAGCCCUCUCGGCUAGAUCCAAUCUGAGAGAAAGUAGACAAAUUACCCCAUUGUUGACUGAAGUCGUUCACCCUGAGCAGAUGGAAACUCAUAUGGAGAAAAAGCGCAGACGUGCUGAAGGCAUAACUCCAGCAGCGACAGAUGAGCAUCUUAACCAGCAUUUUUUAUCGGCAGGUCCUGGCAGUUCCCAGGACUGCCGGGACUCAUGA